UGACUGAAGCAAAAGUAUCAGACUGCAGAGCAGACAGUUCAUUGUUUGUUUCGUUGAUUAAGAGUCAUUUUCAACUGAUACCGAAUAUCUAUUUCAGAUACUGUCAGCAUGAGAGCGCUUCUCACAGUCUGCUUGCUGGUCACACUGAUCUGCUUUGUGUCAUGCUGUGAGGAGGACACACAUUACAAAAACACUCAAGGAAAAUGCUGCAAGAUGUGUGGACCAGGUAAGAGGAUGAUGGUGGACGACAACUGUGAUGACCCACGCUGUAAGGAAUGCGAAGCUGGAGAGUAUCAGAGCGGAUACACGAAAAAAACCAUAUGUGAACGCCAGCCCAGCUGUGACACCAAUCUAAAUUUUCUGCCACUAAUCAAUCCAAACAAGACCAGCCGAAGUGAAUGCAGGUGUAAGCCCGGAUAUUACUGUGAUCUAGAUCAUGAUUGCGAGGUUUGUGGGAAACACACAGUCUGCAAACCAGGACAGAGAGUUGCCAUCAAAGGUUCACCGAUCAGCGAUAAUGUGUGUGAGGAAUGUAGUGCCGGGACAUUUUCCACCAAUCAUUCAGCCGAUACAUGCAAGGAAUGGACCAAAUGUGAGAAUGGAGAAGUUGUAGAUACUCCUGGCAGUUCGACGUCUGACCAGAUCUGUGUGGGUACACGCCACAGAACUGCUGUCAUUGUGGUAGUUUGUGUUUUACUUGUCCUAAUAGUCUCAGCUGCAGUGGUUGGAUACCUUUUAUUUAAAAAAGGAAAAUCUCAAUUUUGUAAGUUGUCAAAACAAACCUUUAUGGAAAUAAGGCCAGAUGAUGAUGUGACUAUAGCAGUCCAGCAACAGCCUGAGGAGGAGGAUGAGAACGCACCUGUGAGCCCAACACUAAGCAACAUGACAGAUAAUGGAAAUUUUGUUGUUCAAGAGCAUGGCAAAGAUGCUAUUAUACCAUGUCAUGAAUCAACGUCAAAUCCAUACCAAUAGAGGCAAAACACUUCUACACUCUCAGAAAUAAAGGUACAAGAACUUUCAGUGGGAUGCUAGAUUUUCAAAAGGGGCACAUCUGUAC